AGAAACCACCUCUCUCGCUCGCUCGCAGGCAACGCCCAACAAAAAGAAGAGAAAGCUCGUGAUUUUCAUUUCCCUCCGAAAAUGGCGACCGCCAUAAUCCCAGAAACCGCAAAGAAGCUCUUAACUCCCGAAACCCUCCGCUCCGCCGCGAAACAGUCCGUUGGCUGCCUCGUCGUCCCCGUUCGCUUCCGUCGCGCCAUCAAAAAGUACAUCCGAGAGCAAGAGGACCCUCACACGAGAAACAAAGUACUGAGGCUGUCCCAAUCGCUGAACGAAAUCAAGGGGGCGAGCCUUCAGAUAACGGCUGCGGCUUCGAAGGAUCUCGUCGACGAGCGUCAAUCAAGGCGGUGGAAGAUUCAGAGCUCCUAUGGCGACAUUGGACUCAAGUACAGAGACGAUCAGACCAUCGCUUAUGUCGCCUCUCGUAUGCCCGCCGUCUUCUCCGCCUGUUACAGAGUUCUCUCCGAGGUCCGCAGAAGACUGCCCAGCUUCUCUCCAUCAACCGUGCUGGAUUUUGGUGCUGGCACGGGUUCAGCCUUCUGGGCUCUACGAGAAGUCUGGCCACAGUCCUUGGAGAAAGUCAAUUUAAUAGAGCCAUCCCAGUCUAUGCAGCGUGCAGGCCGGAGCCUAAUACAAGGAUUGAAGAACUUGCCACUUAUUCAUAGUUAUGAAAGCAUUGAAGCUCUAUCGAAAAAAAUUAAAAAGUCAGAAAGAAAACACGAUAUUGUGAUUGCAUCUUAUGUGCUUGGGGAGAUUCCGUCUUUCCAGGACCGAAUAACUAUAGUACGCCAGCUUUGGGAGCUUACACAGGAUGUUCUGGUUUUGGUUGAACCUGGAACACCGCAAGGAUCUAGCAUCAUAUCUCAAAUGCGAUCGCAUAUAUUAUGGAUGGAGAAAAGGAAAUUGCGGAAAUUAAAAGGCAAAAACGGUGAAGCUUCUAAGGACUUAUUGGAUCCAAAAAGUGGUGCAUAUAUAGUUGCUCCUUGUGCUCAUGAUGGGGCAUGUCCGUUGGAGAAAACAGGAACUUACUGUCAUUUCGUUCAGCGCUUGGAGAGGACGACUACUCAGCGUACAUACAAGCGUUCUAAGGGUAAGGUUUUACGUGGCUUUGAGGAUGAGAAAUUUUCUUUUGUUGCUUUCAGGAGAGGACAACGACCGAAGGAAGCUUGGCCACUUGAUGGAGUGAAAUUUGAGACAUUGAAGGAACAGCUUGCUAAAAGAAAACCAGAAGAUGUUGAAGUUGAUUAUGAUGACUUGGUUAAGCAACAAGAAGAACUUGCUGUUGUCCCAUCUGAGGAACCCGACCCAAUUACCUAUGAUUCUGAAGAAACGGAAAUAACGGAUGUUGAGGAUAAUGAUGAGGCUGAAGAAGAAGAAGAAACAAACCGUGCUGAUCUUGGGGGCGGUUGGGGUAGAAUUAUCUUUUCGCCUAUUCGAAGGGGUAAGCAGGUUUCACUAAACGUUUGCCGAUCGAUGAAGCAGGAUGGUUCAGAGGGUUCAUACGAGCGAAUAAUCAUCACAAAGAAUAAGAACCCGAUCUUACAUCGUCAGGCUCGGAAAUCCCUCUGGGGAGACUUGUGGCCCUUCUGAAUUUUGAAAAUCAUCCAUUCUUUCCCAGUAAUUGUAUAUUAACUACUUAAAAUAUUAUUAAUUCAAAUCCAAUUUUGUUUUCUUCAUUUGCCUUGAGAAUAAGGUUCUCUAAAUGAAGUACACUCACUCUUAUGUUUACACUACCAUCAACCCACUAUAGUAAAGA